AUGAAGAACAUCAGCAACUUCCCCGCAUCCACCGCACCAUCGACUGUCGACAUCUACGACCACAGCACCAGCUACAACCACAGCACCAGCUAUAACCACAGCACCAGCUACAACCACAGCACCAGCUACAACCACAGCACCAGCUACAACCACAGCACCAGCUACAACAAGGACUUAAUCAUCGUCGUCAGCGUCUGGUUCAGCUGCGAUGUCUUCAUCCUGAUCACUGCCCUACCGGCCAACAGCGCCCUCCUGUGGCUGGUGUUCAAAUCCAGACACAACCUCUCCCCGCCUCAGCUCUUGGCCCUGAACACCUCCAUCGUCUGCAUUGUUUACUGUCUGCUUCUGAUUUUUGAACUUCAUGCCAUACUGAGCAUGAAUAAAGAAGCUUUUUUCAUGAUCUUCGGGUUCUUGAUGGUCUUAAACCUGUUUGGAUGUCCUUUUUUUCUGACGCUGAUGUGCUUGGAGCGUUUCGUAGCCGUUGCGUUCCCGAUGAUGUACAUAUAUCUCAACAAAACCAAACCCCGAGUGGUGUGGUUUUUUCAGUGUUUUUUCUGA